AUGCCUUUGACUUAUGCCGCCUGCGUCUCGCUGGCGCUGGCCGACCACGACAGCGAGCGCGGUCUCACCACCAAGCAGAUCUGCGCCUGGCUCGAAGCCCAUCAGGCCGACGUCAACAUUCUCCAACGCGCGCGAUGGAAAACGUCGAUCCGCCACUGCCUCUCCGAGUACAAGUGCUUCUGGCAGCCGUCCCACUCACGAGCUUGGCGCAUGGAUCGCCAACAUCUGCCCAAGACGGCCGACAAGGCUUUGAAGUUGCUCGAACAGCUCAAUGACCUUGCCAAGAGUUCGUCCCUUGCUAACAAGCCCAGCAGCAUGACCUUGCGCGCGCGCUUUUUGCGUCUGCUGGAUCAAGAUCGCUGCAACGGCACCGAGGACCUGCAAGCCAUUGUCUCAGGAUCCUCAUCCAACUCCUCUGGUGCUGGCGCUGGCCCCUCUUCCAUGCUUUCGGCCCACGCCCAAACCAUUUCGCCUCCAGCUGGCAUGCUGAGUGCACCCGCCCACUUCAACUUGCCCCUACCCCACUCGAUCAUGCCCAGCUCGAUGCUGCCCGCUGUUACCAUGCCCAGCAUGGCCAUGUUCAAGAGUUCGCCUGUCUCGGCCACCACCGUACCCAGCAGUAGUGCCAUGAUGCACCCCAUGGCCUUCAACCCCUUCUUCAUGGGCAACAUGCACAUGAUGUACCCGAUGAUGCCUUUUAACAACAUGGCGGCAGCUAACAUGAUGACCACCAUGGUAGCCGUCUCCGCAGGCUCUGCCAAGCCCGUCCAAGACACCACCGUUGUCGCGCCCAUUCCCAGCUAACGAGGGCCGUGGUGGUCGCGCUCGCGCGUGCUUGUGUUCGUGUCAUCAUCUUCGUCAGCAUCAUCAUCCAACUUGUUCAUUCGCGCGACCGCCUGCUGCGCAGGCCGUUGCCCCGCCUUACCUAGUUUUGGCUUCUUUGGUUUAGUUUUGUUUUUCAGACGUUUCCCCCUUUUCUUAUUGUUCCACAUGAUAGCAACAUACGAGUGGGCAGCAACCAACUUUAUACCGGAUCGUUGGUCGCAGCGCUGAGUCAAGUGGCCCGGUUGCUUUUCGUGUGGGAGUUUGCGUGUUCAGGAAUGUGCGCUGUUACGGCUGCAAAGAGAGUGUCCGGCACGGUUGACCCGCAG